AUGAAGACAACGCUUGGGCAAACGCGCGAUCUCCAAAUUCUGGAACAAGCAAUAAAGGAUCUUUGGAAAGAAGAACCUGCGGAUGGCUGAAUCCGGAAUACUAACACAUUUUGCUGGGUAAUCGUACUAGGCACAAUCAUGGUAGCAUCGCAGAACAUCAUUCGCAUGAACACCCAU